AAUGGCAUCAAAUGCCAUUCAUGGGUUCUCUUGAUUACAUGGUUUUCUUUCGAUUUUGCAACGGAUCAGCAAAUUACCUAUGGGAACUCCUUCCCCUUCACGCGAUGCCAUUGAGAUGAAUAUUAAAUAUGUUUACUGUUACGCCACACCCUUACUGAACCCACGUGAUACGUCAAUGCAAAAGGCAGUGUGACGUGACCUACAGCCUUUUCUUCACUUGCACGUUUGUGUUUUACAUUACGAGACUGCUAUUAAUAGUCUUUAGAUUACCUUUCUACAGAAUUACGGAUUUUUCAACGACUCGGAGGUGCUGAAGUAGUUUAUUUGUUAAUCUAAUCUACAAUCUCCCCACGUCUCGUUAUUGUGCCUGCCCAUACUAGCUAACUAUUUUUGCUUUUUGUCAAGCAUUUUCCAUCCUUUUGUGUUGGCUAGCUAGUUAGCUUUGAGUCUAUCCUAUUACCUCAGAAGUUUGCUUGUAGCUAGCUAAGUUAGCCAUACAUAGCAACCAUAUCUAGUUUGCUUGUUGUACCUGUUGUUGGCGCUUGUUGACCCGCGGUGUCGUGCCAGUCCCCGCUUGACUGCCAUACCAGCCCGUUGAUCCAGCAUUACCACCCCUCGCUUGGAGUAUUGCUGUGAUCAAGGAGCUCAGCAGUGAUGUAGGCUACUGUUCCUUGCUUGACAGAGACAGUCCAAGCUUGACUGUGCCAGUCAGGUGGCUUCAUAUAAGUGGGUGUUUCGAACCCGGACCUUGAUACAUAUUUAGGCGGGAGUUUCGAUCCCAAAGCACGACUGGUCGGAGCCAACGGUAAAUCUAACUUUCUCUCAAAGUGUCUGAAGCCGAUACCGAGAGCAAUCGAAGCAUACACCAGAACAAAAAUAUAUAUUUUUGUCGUUUUUUUCAUGGAACAGACUUAUUUUAUGUGAAUCUAUUUGUUGCACACUGAUUCAGUGCUGUACACAGGCUGAUGUUUCACAAAUGUCAACAGCGUGAAAAACAACUCUCGGCAUCAGAUGAGCACACACUUUGCAUUCUUGGCUUGGGAAAUGAACAUGCUCAAAUGGCUGCACAGGGUAGCAGCUCUUUGACUCACUGUCAGAAAUUCUAACCAAGAGCAUUGAGUUCUUGACUUGUGAGCUUUAGGGGUGGUGCCUCUGGAUUCUCAUCAGAUGAGUCUGCCAGACAGGUCAAUGAUCAUUCCAAACGCUCCAAGUCUAGUUGUGGCCGGCUGCGACACAGCCCUGGUCUGUAGUGACGCUGCAGUGCCUUAGACCGCUGCGCCACUUGGGAGGCCCUUCUCUGAAAUCUUUGCAAUGGCAUGCAGGAACCUCAAUGGGGAACCUACUGCCAUGGUGUCCACAUCCAAGUUUGAUUAAGUUCUUCAAAGACUGAGACAUCUAUCCCGUUGUUCAAAGACUUUUGUGUGUUGUAGUAUAGUAUACCAUAACAAUGAGCACUUCCUCCUAUAGCUCCUCCCACCAGCCUCCUUUGAUUCCAAUGCAGGAAAAAUGACAGCACUGAUUCAGCCGCCAGGAUUAGGUUAGAAAUUCAGCAGCGAUACUAUCAGAAAGAGCUGCAGGAAUGCCUCUCCGCAAACUCCAAUGCUGAUACCAUAAAAUAACUGUUUUUAGUUACAGAUGUGCUCAUCCAAUGCCUUCAGGGCAAUACUCAGAUGGUCGGGAUGUAGACCUGCUCAUCCAAUGCCUUCAAGGCAAUACUCAGAUGGUUGGGAAAUCUUUAGCAACACUGUGUUGCAUGGCGCCACCUAUGGUUAGCGCAGUCCAAGCUCCCUAACAAAGAGAAGGUUCCACUCCUAGGUGUACCCAUAUCACCUGGCCAGACAUUUGGCCCAACAGUGGCCCACCUCCUCCAAGUGUCUAAAGAAGACCGAGAAGCACAGAUGGAGCUUCAGCUCCUCAUUCCAAAGCCUGGAAUGCAUCAGCCAGCAAACUAUUACUCCCAUCCCAGAGCCCCAACUGGGAAGCCAAGAAACCAGGCUCAGACUCACGCUGUACUAGGGCCUUCCGAGUGGAGCAGUUAAGGCACUGAGUCGCAGUGUUAGCUGUGCCACUAGAGAUUCUGGGUUCGAGUCCAGGCUCUGUCACAGCCGGCUGCGACCAGGAGACCCAUGGGGCGACUCACAAUUGGCCCAAGCGUCGUCCGGGUUAGGGGAGGGUUUGGCCGGCAGGGAUGUCCUUGUCCCAUCGCGCACUAGUGACUCCUGUGGCGGGCUGGGCUCAGUGCACGCUGACACGGUCGCCAGGUGUACGGGGUUUCUUCUGACACGUUGGUGCAGCUGGCUUCCGGGUUAAGUAGGCAUUGUGUCAAGAAGCAGUGCGGCUUGGUUGUGUUGUGUUUCGGAGGACGCAUGGCUCUCGACCUUUGCCUCUCCUGAGUCCAUACGGGAGUUGCAGCGAUGAGACAAAACUGUAACUUACAAAUUGGAUACCACGAAAUUGGGGAGAAAAAGGGGUAAAGACUCACACUGUACCUGCUCAGGAAUGGUGGAACAGACACUCAUGGCCUUACCAAAGAGGUGGAGCACACUCCCCAAAGAGGCAGAGGUGCACCAUAUGCAGACCGCAUCCCCUAUGCACCACCUCGCGCAGAGGGCCUCUGUACUGAUGGGACUAACUCGCUAGCACAAGACUGUUUCCUCGAGCACCACCUUUCCAGCUAGAAAAAGGUCAACGGCCAACAAAUGGGUGUUACGCACUCUAACACAAGGCUACGCACUACAAUUUUAGUGCGCUUCAGGGAUGUCUUGAAAGCAACGGCUCGCAACCCUACUCAAAAGCAAAAGCUCUGCUCAGAAGUCUACUUGCUCCUGGAAAGGCAUGCAAUCAAAGAGAUGGAACCAGUGCAACAAAACUGCGCGUUCAACUCCAUCUAUUUUCUGGUGCCGCAAAACGGCGGAGGCCUCCGUCCGAUCCUGGACCUAAGGUGCCUGAAUCAUCUUUUAGAACUUCCCUUCGAAAUGCAGACAAUCAAAACCAUCCUUCAGUCAGUACCAGGGGAUUGGUUCAGUAGAGUGGACCUGAAAGACUCAUACUUCCAUAUCCCCAUUCUGCCAGCACUCUGAAAAUACCUGAGAUUUGCCUCCGAACAGCGUGUUAUUCAGUUUGAGCCAGUGCCUUCGUGAAGUAUUCAGACCCCUAGACCUUCUCCAUAUUUUGUCAAGUUACAACCUCAUUCUAAGUAUUAAAUCGUUUUUUCCUCCUCAAAUCUACACACAAUACCCCAUAAUGACAAAGCAAAAACAGGUUUUUAUAAAUUUUUGUGAAUGUAUUAAAAAUAAAUAAAAAAAUAUCAUAUUUGCAUAAGUAUUCAGACCCUUUACUCAGUACUUUGUUGAAGCACCUUUGGCAGCGACGACAACUUCAAGUCUUCUUGGGUAUGACGCUACAAUACAUGUAUUUUCAUUUACUUCCCUAUUGGACCCACCGCUAUGCCAGUUCUAUUGGUGUGUCAUUCUGUCUUACUUUUUAAGAUGCAGCCUAAUUAUUUCAUUUGGAUCUCUGGCGGUUGGGGCAGACAUUCUCCUGCUACACUGUAUCAAAAAAGGUAGGCUUCGUUUGUCAAUCACAGAAAGAGAUACUUUGGAGUCGAUUCUGGCGUUGCUUCUUGUCACAGCUGUUUUUAUAAUAGAAGAAGAAUUCUUACCUGCGUUUCUGAGAUUUUAGUUACAGUAGCCUACACAAGAAAAUGACCCAGUUUCUGCCACAAAUCAGCGUUGGGCGGUUCAGUAGACCUGUGGAUUGACUCAACACUUGCCAUGCAAACUGAUUCUUGGCAAAGAAAUUCAUUUUGAAUAACAACAAGAAUAUUAAACAUCCAGAUGAAAUAAUAUGCCACCUGUGUUAUACACUGGGUGUACGAAACAUUAAGACCUGUGCUUUCCAUGACAUGAAAACUAUGAUCCCAUAUUGUUGUCACUUCUUAAAUCCACUUCAAACAGUGGAUUGAAGGGGAGGAGACCGGUUUAAGAAGGAUUUUUAAGCCUUGAGACAAUUGAGACGUGGAUUGUGUAUGUGUGCCAUUCAGAGGGUGAAAAGGCAAGACAAAAGAGUUAAGUGCCUUUGAAUGGGGUAUGGUAGUAGGUGACAGGAGCACCAGUUUGUGUCAAGAACUGCAACGCUGCUGUGUUUUUCACAUCCAACAGUUUCCCGUGUGUAUCAAGAAUGGUCCACCACCCAAAAGACAUUUAGUCAACUUGACACAACUGUGGGAAGCAUUGGAGUCAACAUGGGCCAGCAUCACUGUGGAACGCUUUCGGCACCUUGCAGAGUCCACUCACUGGCGAAUUGAGACUGCUCUGUAUAAUAUCAACAUAAUGAAGGUUAUUGUAUAGAAUGUAUUCUGGUUUACUAUAUGAUAUGAUAGUGUAUGAUGUGUUUAACUGUUUUAAAUAGCUGAGAUGUGUGCUAUUACAGGUUGUGGCAUAUUUAGUGGCAGGUAUCUAGGCUACACACCUGGAUCUGGGUUAUGGCUGCUAAACAGUGCGCAAAGUUGUGCCAGUUGGACCAAUUCUGAUUAAGCUUAUCCAUGUCCCUAACAAGGGCUCAUUGAGAAGUUGUGUCUAACGGUAUCAGUAAGCCGCUAUGUACUACGGGAGCCACUGAGCCCAUGGGCCAAAUGAAUGAAGCUCAUUCUGGGCAGACCUGGGAGCGGUACAGCCAGGCCUGUGUGUGAGGGGUUGCAGCCAGUGAGCAGUGGGCCUGACUGCCACACUGCAGGAAUGUAUGAAUGAAUAGGCCUUUUUGUUUUCCCCCUGUCCCUCUGCAGCCCCCACCAACCUGGUCCGCCUGCACACAGCGUGCGAAGCCACAGAGAUGCACCUAGUGAGGCUGGACAGUAUAACUAGAAAAGGCUGGAGCGACAUUAGUGUACCUUGUUAUUUCCAGAUCUGAAAGACUUCCAUUCUAUCCAAUUAAAGCUUCCCUGGGUUUGGGUUAUCUAUGUCAUUCUAGUCUCUGCCUGGUGGUCAGUAGUCGGAUCCCUUUUUAAAAAAACUUCUAACAAGGACCCAAUGAGCUGUAAACUCUUUACUACCCUUCCCAUUGCAUUCAGAGUAAUAGUAGCCAGCUGUACAGGAGAGUCCAGAGUAGUGCAGCUCACUGUGCAUGGCUCCUUUCAGCUAUUUCACGUACAUAAAGCUUAUAGAUGGAUCAUAAGACAUUUAUCAGGUGUCACUCGCCACUUGCAUUCUCCCACCACCUUCUCAUUUAUGCACAGGGCCCUUUCCAAAGGAACAAUCAAUUGCUGUUCUCUAGUUUCUCUUAUCAAAGCUAGACAAAGACUGACCAUAUUGCUCUGCUUGGAAAUUAAACCUAUGUGAAGGUAUACUUGUCUUGGGAAUGACUUGAUGCACAGGUAAGCAAAGAAAACCCUCUCUCCAAUACUACACUACAGAGUUUCACAUAAGCCUUGUUGGAUAAUGGAUGUGUUGUCAAUAUUGACUAUGUCACUGUACUAAGGGUUUGUCAGGUGCUGGAAAGAACCGUCGGCGUUGCCCUGGACGAGUACUUGGCAUUCCCUGCUACUCCUUGGACGGGGAUAACAUCCGACAGGGGCUGGAUAGUAACGUAGGCUUCACCUCUGUGGACAGGGAGAACAUCAACAUCAUGUUUGCAGACGCAGGAUUGAUCCUGCGUCACCAGCUUCAUUACUCCAUUCACUAAGGUGAGUGAGUGAAACGGAUAAACAGACUGACUGUUCAAUUCGCACUUGAUAUGAGAUACUUAGUUGGGAACCUAUCAAAGGGCCAUCUCUAAAUCAUCCACUGUGAUUGAUCUGAGCUCUGGCUUGUAUAGCUGCUAUACUGUGUCUCUGCAUUCACUUCUGUUACUAUCUGGUUUUGAAAACCGGUUUUUGUUAUAGAAGUAAAAUCAACAUACCAAUCCUGUUGAUUUUUGCUACCCAGUCUCUUCCUCCUGUGCGUAGGACCGAGAUGAAGCCAGGAAGAUCCAUGGUUGCUCUGGGCUGUCGUUCUUCGAGGUGUUCAUUGCUAGAAAGAUAUCGGCAUCGAGUAAUUGUCUCUGGCCCCCUCCAGGUUAGGGGAAGUGAUGAGCUCUACAGCAGUCUCACAACAAUCACUGGUAGAAAAAUGUUUUCUGCCCCUCCCAAAAUAUAGAAUUUGUAGAUAAUUGGCCCUCUUUCUGGGACUCUCCCACAAACAGGACCAAGCAUGGCCUGCUGAGGAGUGACGGACUCCAUCCUAGCUGGAGGGGUGCUCUCAUCUUAACUAUGAAUAUAGACAGGGCUCUAACUCAUCUAGCUCCACAAUGAGAUAGGGUGGAGGCCAGGCUACAGGCUGUUAGCCAGCCUGCCAGCUUGUUGGAGUCUGCCACUAGCACAGUCAGUGUAGUCAGCUCAGCUAUCCCCGUUGAGAUCGUGUCUGUGCCUCGACCUAGGUUGGGCAAAACUAAACAUGGCGGUGUUCGCUUUAGCAAUCUCACUGGAAUAAAGACCUCCUCCAUCCCUGUCAUUAUUGAAAUAGAUUGUGAUAUCGCCCAUCUCAAAAUAGGGCUACUUAAUGUUAGAUCCCUCACUUCCAAGGCAGUAUAGACAAUUAGCUAAUCACUGAUCAUCAUCUUGAUGUGAUUGGCCUAGACUGAAACAUCGCUGUAAAUGAGGAAUGGCGUCAGUUACUGUGUUAUGAGGCCUCACCUCCUGGUUACACUAGUGACCAUAUCCCCCGCGCAUCCCGCAAAGGCGGAGGUGUUGCUAACAUUUACAAUAUGUAAAAAAUUACUGCGUUUUUGUUUUUUGAGCUUCUAGGCAUGAAAUAUAUGCAGCCUACUCAAUCACUUUUUAUAGCUCCUGUUUACAGGCCUCUUGGGUCAUAUACAGCAUUCCUCAUUGAGUUCCCUGAACUCCUAUAGGACCUUGUAGUCAUGGCAGAUAAUAUUCACACAUUUGGUGACUAACAUUCACAUGGAAAAGUCCAGAGACUCACUCCAAAAGGCUUUCGGAGCCAUUAUUGACUCAGUGUUUUUUUUUCUUUCCUCAGUCAUACUCUGGACCUAAUUUUGACCCGUGGAAUAAAUAUUGUGGAUCUUAAUGUUUUUCCUCAUAAUCCUGGACUAUCGGACCAGAAAUUUAUUAAAUUUGCAAUUGCAACAAAUAAUCUCCUUAGACCCCAACCAAGGAUCCUCAAAAGCAGUACUAUAAAUUCCCGGACAACCCAAAGAUUCCUAGACUCCCUCCACCUACCCAAGGAUGUCGGAGUACAAAAGUCAGUUAACCACCUAACCGAGGAACUACAUUUAACCUUGCGUAAUACCCUAGAUGCAGUCGCACACCAAAAAACUAAAAACAUUUGUCAUAAGAAACUAGCUCCCUGGAAUACAGAAAAUACCCGAGCCCUGAAGCAAGCUUCCAGAAAAUUGGAACGGAAAUGGCGCUCCACCAAACUGGAAACUCUUCCGACUAGCUUGGAAAGACAGUAUCAUGCAAUAUCGAAGAGCCCUCACUGCUGCUCGAUCAUCCUAUUUUUCCAACAUGAUUGAGAAGAAUUAGAAUAAUCCAAAAUGUAUUUUUGAUACUGUCACAACGCUAACUAAAAUGCAUUCCCCAAGAGAGGAUGGCUUUCACUUCAGCAGUGAUAAAUUCAUUAACUUCUUUGAUAUAAAGAUCACGAUCAUUAGAAAGCAAAUUGCGGACUCCUCUUUAAAUCUGCGUAUUUCUCCAAAGCUCAGUUGUCCUGAGUCUGUACAACUCUGCCAGGACCUAGGAUAAAAGGAGACACUCAAGGUUUUUAAUACCAUAUCUCUUGACACAUUCAUGAAAAUAGUAAUGGCCUCUAAACCUUCAAGCUGCAUACUGGACCCUAUUCCAACUAAACUACUGAAAGAGCUGCUUCCUGUGCUUGGCCCUCCUAUGUUGAACAUAAUAAAUAAACUACAGUUAGUGCUAAACAUGGCUGCUAGACUCUUGACUAGAACCAACAAAAAUGUGAUCAUAUUACUCCAGUGCUAGCCUCCCUACACUAGCUUCCUGUUAAGGCUCUGGCUGAUUUCAAGGUUUUACUGCUAACCUACAAAACAUUACAUGGGCUUGCUCCUGCCUAUCUCUCUGAUUUGGUCCUGCCGUAAAUACCUACACGUACGCUACGGUCACCAGACGCAGGCCUCCUUAUUGUCCCUAGAAUUUCUAAGCAAACAGCUGGAGGCAGGGCUUUCUCCUACAGUAGGUCCUAUGAUUGGGUGUAGUCUGGCCCAGGGGUGUGAAGGUGAACGGAAAGACGCUGGCGCAACGAACCGCACUUGCUGUCUCUGCCUGGCCGGUUCCCCUCUCUCAACCGGGAUUUACUGGUGCUCUUCCAUCCCAUCUCUAGGAGGGGUACGUCACUUGAGUGGGUUGAGUCACUGACGUGAUCUUCCUGUCUGGGUUUGGCGCCCCCCUCGGGUUCGUGCCGUGGGGGAGAUAUUCGUGGGCUAUACUCAGCCUUGUCUCAGGGUAGUAAGUUGGUGGUUGAAGAUAUCCCUCUAGUGGUGUGGGGGCCAUGCUUUGGCAAAGUGGGUGGGGUUAUCCUGCCUGGUUGGCACUGUUCAGGGGUAUUGUCGGACAGGGCCACAGUGUCUCCCGACCCCUCCUGUCUCAGCCUCCAGUAUUUAUGCUGCAAUAGUUUGUGUCGGGGGGCUAGGGUCAAGUCUGUUAUGUCUAGAGUAUUUCUCCUGUCUUAUCCGGGGUCCUGUGUGAAUUUAAGAAUGCUCCCUCUAAUUCUCUCUCUCCCUUUCCCUCCCCACCCGGAGGACCUGAGCCCUUGGACCAUACCUCAGGACUACCUGGCCUGAUGACUCCUUGCUGUCCCCAGUCCACCUGGUCAAGCUGCUGCUCCAGUUUCAACUGUUCUGCCUGCUGCUAUGGAACUUGACUUGUUCACUGGAUAUGCUACCUGCUGUUUUCCACUCUCUCUCUCUACCGCACCUGCUGUCUCUAACUUUGAAUGCUCGGCUAUGAAAAGCCAACUGACAUUUACUCCUGAGUUGCUGACCUGUUGCACCCUCUACAACCACUGUGAUUAUUAUUAUUAUUAUUUGACCCUGCUGGUCAUCUAUGAACGUUUGAAAAUCUUGGCCAUGUACUGUUAUAAUCUCAAACCGGCACAGCCAGAAGAGGACUGGCCACCCCUCAGAGCCUGCUUCCUCUCUAGGUUUCUUCCUAGAUUCCUGAUUUUCUAGGGAGUUUUUCCUAGCCACAGUGUUUCUACAUCUGCAUUGCUUGCUGUUUGGGGUCUUAGGCUGGGUUUCUGUGUAGCACUUUGUGACAUCGGCUGAUGUAAAUAGGGCUUUAUAAAUAAAUGUGAUUGAUUGAUUGACUGACUCUGCCCUCUAGUGUUCCAGUUCUCUUUUACAUUCCAUUACAGAGCUACAUUUAACAGUAAAGAUCAUAUGGCUUUAAAGUCUACCACUUUACAUGCUAUGCUAUUAAACAAGCAAAGAGAGUGGGUCAUAGAAUGUACAGCUACAGCACUAAAGAGGUGUCAAUUAUUGACAAGGUCCUGAACAGGUAUCCUAAUCCUCUCCCUUUAGGCUUUAAGGGCAUCGAUUCACCCUUGGAGAAGCCUGAGUUACCUGAGCUUGUGCUGAAGACCGGAGAGAUCUCAGCGAUUGAGUGCAUCCAUGUGACAGAGGAAGUUAAUGAGCUCUUUGUGCCAGACAACAAGCUUGACUUGGCACUGAGCGACGCCAAGACGCCGCCCACCGUCAGCAUUACCAAGCUGCACCUCCAGUGGGUGCAGGUGCUGCUGGCCCUCAAGGGCUUCUGGAGGGAGCGGGAGUUCCUGCAGGUUCUGCACAUCAACACUCUUCUGGAUGGUAAUACUGCCUGUACUGGUCCUUAUUCCCUUCCCCCAUAAUGUACGCCGGACCCACUGAGUAGAAUCAGGUCACAUCAGUUGAGCCACACUGCAGGGCAUGGAUGAUAGCUGGUGCCAACUUCUACAUCGUGGGUCGGGCCCCUGCGCUCAUGCCUCACCCAGAAACCAAACAGGACCUGUAUGAGCUCCCAUGGCCCCUGGCCUCACCUCUGCCUACAAGACUUAAAGAGCUGUGGACUUCUAUGAUAAGAAGAGGUUCAUAGACAUAGACAUUUUCCGGACUACUGUAUGUGGCCUGACCAGGAAAAUCUCUGGGAUCUAGUUGUAAGCAAUAACUAGGGCUCAAGAAAAACGUUUCUAUCCCUGAGUCAAGCUGCUUCACUUUUUUUUCUCUUACCUUCCUUUCCAGACACCAGGAAUUUUAGUUAAUCUCAGUGACCAAGAUGAGGAUUGGGGAAGCGCAGUGGGGAAAACCCUCUGGGUGACCAAUAAGGCCUGGAAGGUCCUCACAGAGUACUACAGCUCCCUGCAGAAUGCCAAAUGAACACCUACACAUCCUGGUUUGAACAGACGGAUCACUCCUAUUUUAUAUUCUCAUUUUCAAACAAGUACUGUAGAAAUCUAGGCAUAAAUGGAAUACAUGCCUGAUAGCUUUAAAAACAUUUUUAUAACUGUAUAUCGUUUAGUUUUAUGAGUGGGUUAAAGGGAAUCUGUAAGCACCUAAGUUGAAGUCAAUAUGAAUAUUUUAUUAACAGAUCACUUUUGUUACCCAUCUAUGCAUCUGAACAGCCAAGGUAGUAACUUAAAACAUUUAUGAUAAUGUUUUUUAAGCUGUGAGAAGACAAAUGAUGUCAUUCCAUUGAUGAGUGACCAAGAAGUUUGUGGUAUGUGAGUGGAAGGGGUUUUAACUACCUUUGUAUAAUGGAAUGAACCUAUAUCAAGUGAUGCCAUAUUAACUCAUGUUCUUCGACUGUAUUUACCUUUUUAUAUUUCAGAAUACUUUUCAGAGUAUAGGAAAUGUCAAGCAAAUAAAUUACAUGACAUCAAAAGAUGUAUUUGUGUAAUAUAUUUUAGCAGACACCAGAAUGCAGGGUAAUACAAAACGAAGCACAUUGGCCGAUUUGUUAACUGAAAAAACAUUAUUCAAUUAACAUAUUAGUCACAAUCAGGAGCUUAUCAACAAUACCAUUAUUUAAAAGAAAAAAGCAAGCAUAUUUUAUCGAAAAAAAAAGUUAAAAAAAUAAACACCAAUCCCCAAAACUAUAUGUGCACAGAACUUGUCAUUCAAGUAAACUAUGAAUUGGCAAUCACACAUUCAAUAGAUUUACAAGUUCCAAUGGCUGUUGCUUGUGGGAGAUACUAGAAGUUUGUCAUGAAUAAAUAAUCAAUCACCCAACAAUUAAGCAUCCUGGUCAUCAUAAGAGAUAAACAGAAACUAUAAUGCUGUGUUCACGUACUAGUCAGACACUAGUUGACAUUUCCGACUUGCUAACUGGUUGAAGGCGGCACGUAUAUAACUACAACCAGUUAGCAAGUCUGACAUUUCCGAGUUUCCUAGUUCCGACUAGCACAUGAAUGCAGCAUAAGAGACAAACGGCACAGGAAGUAUUCACAAGCAGUUUCUAUAUUCUACUGUUAAUGAAACCUGGACUGACAAUGGGACAUACAAAGGACCUGAAAGCACAACAGACACACAACCUGUCACACAGGUUUCCUGAUCUAUUGAAGUUUUAAAAACAAAAUUAAACUUGAAUAAUAAAUGAAUAAAUACCUUAACAUUAGCAGCUCACGAUAUUACAGCUCUAACCUACCCCUAUGUAUUUAAAAGAAGGAAAUGGAAGGCCAUGACACUGUAAUCUUUACCCCAAGCAUCGUUGCAUCGUGUUCUCUUCACAACAUCCACAGCGAUAAUUCACUUUCGGUGAAAAGUUGAAUUGCUCUUUCUGAUAUAGAAACUUUUAUCAUGCAUGAUAAAAUGUAUGAUCUAACGCAUAUAAUUCAGACAUCCGAGAACCACUCAUUGUAUAACAUUUAGCUAAUAGUCAAAGGAUGACAGUGCCUACUAAAAGUAGCACAUUUUAUUACACGAGCUAGUUUGAUUAACAG